GCCUGUGUUGAACAAGACAAGCUGGGUCCAGCCUUUGAAGAUGCUUUUGAGGUCCUGAGGCAACAUCCAAUCAGAGAUCUUCAGUACUCCCCAGAUUACAAAAAUUACCUGGCUUUCAUCAACCACUGCUCUCAUGUCAGAGGAAAUUCCAACUGCUAUGGUGUGCUGCCUACAGAGGAGUCUGUCUAUAAUUGGAGAACAGUAAUAAGGAGUGAUGUGGUCCUCUAUUGUGAAGGAAAUAUUCAUCAAUCUCUGUCCAUCAUCCCUGAAAACCAACUGGUACAACCUGCUGUUCUCCAUUGAAAGGAAGGGAAAGGCAGGAAGAAGCUCCCACUGUUCGAAUACCUUCAUGAAUCCCUGUGUAAUCCUGAGAUGACAUCUUGUAUACAGUGGGUAAAUAAAACCAAAGGCAUCUUUCAGUUUAUGUCAAAAAAAAUUUGCCCAACUUUGGGGAAAAAAAAAAGCAACCAGAAGACCAUGACUUACCAGAAAAUGGCCAGAGCAUUGAAGAAUUAUGGAAGAACUAGGGAAAUCACCAAAAUCCAGAGAAAGCUAACUUACCAAUUCAGUGAAGCCAAUCUCCAAAGACACUCUCCAUCUUAUUUCUUAGAAAAAGAGAUCUUCUACUCACUGUAUGUUCAGCUUGAGCAAGGCUUUCUCAGCUUCAGUAACUGGAAUGCAAAUUAUAAUUGUUCAUAUGCCGAGUACCAUGAGCUAAACCACUCUGACUGGUAA